AUGUCUUUUAAAAUUGCUUGUAUUCAAUUAGCUGUUUCAUCCGAUAAAUCUAAGAAUCUUAUAAACGCUAAAAAUAAAAUUUUAGAAGCUUCGAAAAAUGGUGCAAAGAUAAUUUGUUUACCGGAAUGUUUUAAUUCGUUAUAUGGAGUUAAAUAUUUUGAUCAAUAUGCUGAAAAUAUUCCUAAUGGUGAAAGUGUGAAAGUUCUUUCCGAAGCCGCUAAGGAAUCCAAGGCUUAUAUAAUUGGAGGUUCUAUUCCGGAACGGGAAGAUUCUACUGGCAAAUUAUAUAAUACAUGUACUGUUUAUGAUCCGGAGGGAUCUCUGAUUGCAAAACAUCGUAAAGUUCAUUUAUUUGACAUUGACAUUCCUGGCAAGAUGACAUUCAAAGAGAGUGAUUCUAUAAGUCCCGGAAAUUCUCUAACACAUUUUGAUACUAGAUGUAUUGCAAUGUUUUAUCCAGGAGCUUUUAACAUGACUACAGGUCCUUUAUAUUGGGAACUUUUACAAAAGGCAAGGGCUCUCGAUAACCAGUUUUACGUGGUAACCUGUUCUCCUGCACGUGAUACAAAUGCAAGCUAUGUUGCAUGGGGCCAUUCGACUGUUGUGAGUCCCCACGGUACUAUAAUUGCAACUACUGAUCAUGAAGAAGCCACUAUUUACGCGGAUAUUGAUUUAGAUGAUAUGAAAUCUUUUCGUCAAUCGAUUCCUUUAACUUUACAAAAACGACAUGAUAUUUACACUAAAGUUACUUUAGUUAAUGAUUGA